GGUAGAAAGUGGACGUCUCCGUUCCGUCAGUUUCGCUCCGUUCCGAUUGUCAACUCGCGAAAGGUUGUGUGCCCUUUGCGGGAGUAUCCGACUGCCGCCGAUUCCACCAGUCCCGCGAUAACAAAGGAAAACGGUUACCUUCUGUCGAGUGGAAAAAUGUGUGGAAAGAAAAGUGUUGUCAGCGAUUCGAAGAUGCGCGCAAAAUAAAGAACGUGGUUAGGUGCUGUAUCGCAGCCAACGCUUCCUUUGAUCUGUUUGUUCCUUCGCUAUAGAAACCCGCCUGCCGUGACGCGAUUUAUCGGUGUUGUGGGUACAUUGUUCAGAGUGACUUAUAGUGACAACGGGCCCGACGCAGGAUUAUCACACCCGCUCGCGACCCCUUCGAUGCCAGCAAGGGUGGGCAAGGGGAAACAAAGGAAAAUCUGCUGCCUCAGUGAAGGCGAGUGUGAAAUUUUGCUUUUCUAUUGAGUGGAAAAAAAAAGAAGAAAAUCUUGCUUCCGGGGGUGGGAAAAUCUUGCAACCGAUGCAUGCGGCACACGAGUUGCCGUCGUGACAAACAAAAGAGGGUGUGAAUGUACAGAAUAAAGUGCAUUGUUUUGAGCACUUUCGAAAGGGCUUUCCUGGCUGGUGACUAGCGUCGAGGAUAUUAGAGGGUAACAAAGGAAGUUUAAAGUAACAUGAACAGAUUCAAAUUCGAGUAGAAAUAAUGCUAUAUCACAUCCAAAGUUUCGUCAAAAAAUCGCUUAACGGACGGGCAAAGAAAACCCAUGUAAAGUGAAGGAACAAUUCGAAUUAUGCAGCCAACGUUGGAUAAGUAAAAAUAUGUAACAAACGAUUGCUGAAUGGUGGUGUGAAGUACGGCUCUAGGUGUAUUCUGCCGGCAAUGUAAAAUUACCGUGCUGCAGCUGCAGGAAAUUUAUGUUUCACGGUCCAGUCAAAUGAAUGUGGUUUUACGGGAAAAUAUGGUGUGAAGAAUAAACUAUAAAAAAAAGGGCGAGCAUUCCAGUGUUUCCGGAAUCCAGUGGAUAAAUUAGAUUACGCUGACGGCAGGAGAAUAACUUAGGCUUCGGGGGAAAGAUUUUAUUUAGUGUUGAUAGAAGAACCGCAAUUCACCAUGCUGCAGGUGACGGCCGACCGAAUGUCCGGAAGACGGAGCAGCUCCAUCGGAUGUCGUUCGAUCGUUGGCCGGCGGACGUCGAUGUACAUCAACCAGACCCAGCACGACCGGGAUCCGUUCAAGCUCAUCCUCGAAAUAAACAGCGAAGUCGCACUCUUUAGGGACCUUCUAAUACAUGUCGGCCAGUCACGAGACUGUCCGGAGCUGCGGGAAAAGAUCCGAAAACUGCGGAGAUCCUGUGUGGAAGCCUGCAAGCACACGGCUGCCCUGAUAUUGCCGCAAAUACGAACAGCACUUGCCGAAGGUAUCCUGGCGGACAACCCCCAUCUGGUUCUGCUGUUCUACCUAGCUCAACUCUUCCUAAGAGAACUAAUCAAAAGUCACCGCUUGGUGCAGGUCAUUCCUAUGGAUAUGUCCGGUUAUUACGAAAACCGUGCCGGUCCGUCGAACCUCGGCAAUGUGAUAAGUCAGAUAUUGCUGUGCAAACAGAUCACACCGGAUUUCAACCAGGAGGAGUUGUGCAGCAUAACAAAGGAUUCCCAGGAAAUCGCCCGAAUACUGCAGGAUCUACAGGAAUUUAUGCCCCAGCAGGAAACCUACCUGGAACGGACAAUCGCACUCACGGCCGAAAUCAAUGGACCGUGGCCAGCGAAGCGACGCCGUGGUUCUCUCUACAAAAACAUGGGCCUUCUGUGCUGUGUUUCGAGACCGAACUACCUAUGAACGUAGAAGUACAAAUCUAGCUAUCAGUGCAGCUUCCAGUCGGUAUCCAACAAACAGGUGGUGCCAAUGCCGUCAGAUCAGAGCUCACCGCGCUCGUAGCAGCGAUGGACCCAGGGUGUCAUCAUCACCCCACCCAUCCCAUCCACCCAAAUCCCGGACUGUCCCAAACAGUUCGGUGCAGUUCGAGGCGAGAAACUAUUAAUAUUCCCUGCGCAGGAGAAGAUUGCAGCCCUAUCAACGCCUGGUGGCAUCGAAACCACAAAAUCUCUGCUUCUCUUUGGAUAGGUUUAUUUUCCAGUGGAUGUUAUUGAGUCCAAACUGAAAAGGUGCACAAGGUCACAAUUGCUGAGUGGCACUAGUUUAGACACCGUACGACCAACCAGAAGUUGGUCGGUCGGUCGUUCAUUCCGAUCGAUUGGAGAUGCAACCGAUGGCGAUGGUGUUCUUCUAUCCGAAGCACACAAUAUCAAAUCGGAUUAAAGACAAUUUAGCUCGAAAUUGUUCGGGAUCCGAUUCAUUAGCAAAAACACAUAUUGAGCAAAGUUUCUAGAAGCAAAAAAAAAACAAAAAUAACUACAUCACCAGAACCACCCUCAAAUGACACCCAGUACAAAAUUCACAAACUCACAUAGGAUUUCGACGAAACCGAUCUGCUCGAAAGCUGUUGAAGAGCAAGCUGAGCCAGAACUAAUCAUGACGACAUCAAUUAAAGGCGGUCGACCGCAAAAUGUACAGACUCUGACUGCCAGACAGACGAACGAAACAGUACGAAAAUAGACUCCCCGGUUGCCUUGUGGGCACCCUUGUUUUCUGGAUCAUCAUCCAUAAUAUUUUUUGUAUGUGGCCGGCCAUCCACUCGGAAGAUGCUACAAAGAUGCAAAAAAAAGAAAAUUAAUAGAAUCUCACAACUGCAUGACACACGUACGUACACAGUUCAGCACACGGUCCAGAAAAAAUAUGAGCAAUUUUUUUUGUGUUCAACACUUCUGUCAAUUCUGUUCCCCCGCCUACUGCUUUCCGAUCGAUUUAACCAAUUGAAAUAUGUGCAGGAAUUUGUUUUGUUUACUCAUUCAUUGCUUUUAUUUGUAGUAAUAAAUUAGACAGAACCAAGAAUUAUAGGUAAAACCAAUUAUUCUACGGAACAGUUCCCUAUCGUAAAAAUUGCUAAAAUAUUAGUUGAUUCUCUGAAUUUUGGUUGGAUAAAAUUUGGUACUACUAAAGGAAGGUCGUUUUUUUCUAGACUGACAUUUUUUUAAAUUUUGUUGUUCUGGCAGCUUGGCGAUGCGUUUCUUGUAUUCACGUACACGUUGUUUUAACCAAUUGUUCAGUUAUUUGGACUGAAAUGCCUUUGGCAAUCAUAGCCGUAGUGAGGGGUAAGGCAAAUGCUGAGAGGACACCAAAACUUGAUGUAAUUGGUUAAAAUUUGUUGUGCAAUUGUUCUUCGUUAUACUGGACCCGUUAUUUAUUUCAAAGCACCAUUUCAACCGAAGGUGCAGGAAACUUUUGGAAAUUGCUUUGAAUUUGACUUAAAACUGUUUCAAUUUGCAGGUGGACUUAUGGUUUAAUGAUCCAAAUUUCACCAUACCGAUAUUUAGUUUUGUGUUCCGGAAAGUUCGAUGUAGUGGUCAAAAAGUCUUUAAAAUGGAGCUCACUUCACUUUCUUAAAUAUGGUUGAUUGGUUUUUCACUAACUUAAAAUCAAAUGUAGCAGUAGUAGGGGAAACCGGGGUUAGUCCGGACACGGGGCAAAACCAUACAGCUUAAAGACUGUUCCAGAAAGUAUGGACGCACUUUGAUUCGCUGUAAAUAAUUCACAAGUGUUAGAUAUUCAAAUUUUAUACAAUAUACUGAUAAUAUUACACUACAACAACAGAAUAUUAUUCACAACAAUUGCUACUUAGCUAUUGUAGACUAGCUGGCGCACCUUCUUGCGAACGUUCCUCAUUAAAUUCCGUACAGACUUCUUGGCGACAAGUUUUGACACUUUUUUCCAAUCUUUUUCGAACUGUUGAAUGGUUUCGGCUGCCGAGACAUGUUUCCUAAGAUGUGCCUUCGUUAAUGCCCAAAAUUCCUCAAUUGGUCGAUGGAUUCAUGUCUUUUGGGACGAAAGUGACAUUUUUGGUAGUAUACCAUUCCAUCGUUGAUUUCGAGUAGUGGCAAGAGGCAAGAUCUAGCCAGAAGACAACAGGAUCCUUGUGGCUUCGAAUCAUGGUUAGAAGUCGUUUUUGUAAACAUUCCUUGAUGUAUAUUUCGCUGUUCAUUGAAGCAGUGGUGAUGAAGGGUUUCGAAAUCUUACCGCAGCUACAAAUUGCUUGCCAGACCAUAGUUUUCUUACCAAAUUUUUCGACUUCAAUCGAUCUCUCGGACUGGUUUAACACUUGAUCUUCUCGCACUGAAUAAUAUUGUGGUCCCGGCAAGGAUUUUUAAUCGAGUUUCACAUAGGUUUCGUCGUCCAUGAUUAUGCAGUUCAAAUUUCCAGCAAGAAUCGUAUUGUACAGCUUUCGAACCCUCGGCCUGAUCGAUGAUUCUUGUUUCGGACUACGUUUUGGUUGUUUCUGCUUCUUAUAGGUUCGAAGAUUCAAACAUUCUUUAGCAUGAAGAACAUUUGACUUCGAAGUGCCCACUUUUUGGCUACAUCCCGAACUAAAACCUCCUUCUUUUGCUCGAACGCCUUCAGUAUACGUUUAUCCAACUGAGGGUUAGCAGGACCUUUUUUUCGACCCGUUUUCGGUUUAUCCCUCAAGGUGUUAUCCUCAUCGAACUUCCUGAUUGCAUUUCGCACGGCUUUUUCACUUACCCCUGCCAUUUUUGCUAUCUUUCUCAGUGACAGUCCGCGUUCUGUGCACCAUUUAUACACAAUUUUUUAACGUUGUUCUGCUAAAAACUUUCGAACAAAUUAGUGAAAACGAAUAAACAACUGCACAAGUGGUUAGAGAAGAGUGUAAACAACAGGACGCAGCCAUGAAAAUUGACAGAUUCUGAACCAUUGCGAAAUGGCAGCGGUUUUUUGGUUGCGUCCUUACUUUCUGGGACAGUCUUUAAAUAUCUUAUUUCAGUUCGGUUUGGCGUCAAUUGUGUUAAUUUCGAAAUGUGCCCGUUUUUUGCAAUAUUUUUUUUUAAUUUACUGUUUUUUUUGGUAUAUUUGAUUUCUGUGCACCAUAACUACGGCCGUAACUGUGAAUUCAGUGAUCAUUGAGUGUUUUUAAUUACGUAAAGAAUAAAAUUAUAAUUGAAUCUCUUAAAUGGACAAAAAAGUGAAGCUAAACCGGACACAUAAUUUGAAACUUUUGUCGGAUUUGACCAGGCAUUCACAUUAAUUUUUGCGUCAAUUUUCGAAUAUUAAAUUUUUUGUUCAAUUUCUAAUCAUGAUCAAAAACAAUCAAACAGUUCCAGCAUCAAUCAAUCAUUUUUAAUUAAUUGAUUGAUUUUGGGUUUUUAAUUAAUUGAUUUUUUGCAAAAUGACAGCCCAUUUUUCAUCACAAAAUUGUUCAUAAAAAAAAUAUUCACAAUUUUUCAAAAACCCCUACGUACCUAAUUAUCGAGAAUAUUCUGUAAAAUUUUUGAAUCGAUUGGUCAAAAUUUAUUUGACUUAUGUUUCCGGCCGUCAAAAUGCAGAACUUUGGCGGUCAUGCCGCCAAGCCGCCAUUUUGUUUUUCAAUUUUUAAAGCUGAUCAUUUCUUUGCACUUAAAUAUACAUACAAAAAAGUGCUUGAUACAAAAUUUGGAUUACUCCAUUUUUUGGUUCCCAAAACAAUUCCCCAAAAAAGUCCUUUUUUUCUACAGUGGUGUAACCCCUUAACCCCGCGUUGUCGAAUUUUUUUAAUUUUUCAUUUAUCACUUCAUCGCUAGUUUGUGCGAAAACUAACGCAUAUUUGUCCAUAGCACAAAUUUGGAAUAGUAGCUGAUGUUUAAAGCUAAACAACGGUAUACAUAACUUGGGUAAAAACUUCAUUGUAAUGGGUAAUUUUUUCAGUGUCCCAAAAGUGUCCGGCUUAGCCCCUGUCUCCCCUAUUAUGCUAAAGAAGUCUUCAAAAUUAAUUCCCCUGUUAUGCUAAAGAAGUCUUCAAAGCUGGGCUUGUAGUAUUUUGCCAAUAAUUUCAAAAUUCUUUAAGUAUUCUUCCGAAUCUAUUUCGUCCCCCUUAAAAAUACUAUCUCCCCCCGGCCGUAAUACACUUGUGCCAACAUUUUCUUCUAAUCCUCGAAACAGUAGUUAAAGUUUAUUUUCCGGAAUAGCCUUCAGUACGCGCAGCGAUUCACAUUCGAUGUCUUCAAUUGACUCAAAACGGUUUCCCCGGAGUAGUCGUUUGAGUUUUCUGAAUAGACAGAAGUCACAUUAAGCUAAAUCAGGAGAAUACGGUGGUCGCGGAACGGCAUUGGUUGAAUUUUUGGCAGAAAAAAUCAAGAAUUAUCAAUGCAGCAUGCGACGGUCCAUUAUCGUGGUACAAAAACCAAGAGUUGUCGGCCCACGAUUCUGGCCUCUUUUUUACAAAAAAAAACUUAACGAAAAUGAAGCAUAACACUCGAAUAGUAUUUUUUGUUGACAGUUUGGCACUGUCAACAUUACUUUGAUCAGUUUUUGCAAUGACUAAGCGGAAAUAUAUAUUGGAGAAGCCAAGUGAAAGAAAAACUAACAGAAAAGAUGAAUUUUUGGAAAAAGAUACGCUCAGAGACAGGACUCGAACCUGCGUUCUUAUGCAUUCCGUGAAUACGCGCUACCAUUUCGCCUUUCUUUCACUUGGUUUCUCCAAUAUAUAUUUCCGCUCAGUCAUUGCAGAAACUGAACUUAGUCAUGGCGGCUUUACGUCAAACUAAAAUUAAUAAAUCGUUAUUACUUUGAUUUUUGACUUACUUUGACGUGUUUUUUCGGCUUCCGCUCAUCUUUGACACUAUAUUCAACCAGUGACGUCUCGUGGCAAAAUUUACGGAUUGUGCACUGAUUAUAUCAGAAAAUAACAGUUCGUUUUAAGCGAAAACUAAAGAUUGAGGAAUUGAUCUUCGCUUGUGUUUUUCAAUACAUUGACAUAUCGACAUACUUUUGGAUGAGAUUUUUUUUAUUGAACUUUUUUCAUAUCAUCGAUAGAACAGAAGAAAGCCGCGCGCUGCACGUCCAGCAAAUCUGUCAAUAAUAUCAUCAACAAAACUGCCAAGGAUGCCAGGUAUUUUUUUUUUAAUCUGUGUGGGAACCAAAAUCAGUCUGAAUAUUCCUAGUAAUUUGAACUUUUAAAGGCUCAUUGUCUUCAGAAACCUGUGCAGCAUAUUCAGAAUAUGUGAGACUCAGAUUAAUCUGUAAACCUGACAUCUCUGGAGACAGCAAUUUGUUUUCAACUGCCAUAAGCACAAACUUCUUCUGAAGGUGUGCAUGCACACAAGUUCUCACAGAGCCAAAUGUGUGAGAAAGAGAGAACAACAGAUCUCAGAGCUGAGCUGAGUAAUUCCCACUCUUCUUGAAUCUGUGCAGUAACUCAUGUGCCCGGAAAGCACACUAACACAGCAACAAGAACUCGGGGCACAAGGCAAAGUACUCAAGUUCAGAGAGCCACGGCAAUGCGAUAUGGUCGUUUGACCAGCAAGCGCAAGCAGCUUAGGGUGAAUUUUUGCAUAUUAUGCUCAUUAUUUUCUAUUCGGUAUCAUCCGACCUGAUUUCAUUGAAUAAAUAGAGAAUUCAAAAAAAAUAAUAGAAUGCGGGGAUGCAGUUAGUUCCUUCAAUUUGACCGGUUGUGCAGUGCACGAGAUGCAAAUAAGGACGAGACGCCACUGUAUUCGACUGAUUGAUCGUCUGUUUCCGGGUCGUAAGCAUGGAUUCAAAACUCUUCGCCAGUAAUAAUACGUUUCAUGACACCCUGGUAGUCCGGAAGCAUUGUUUCACAGAUGUUAACGCGAUCCUAACUUUCGAAAAAAAAAUGAGUGUCACUGGAACCAAUCGUGCCUUCACUAUCCUUAGGCCCAAAUGAUCUUUCGAAAUGAUUUGUACUGAUCCUUCCGACAUUGCAACGAUCGCAGUAAGGUGUCUCUGUGUUAAUCGUCAAUUCUCAAGCACAAAUUCCUUGAUUUUAUUGGCGUGUUCAUUAUCAGUUGAGGUUCGUGGUUCGUCGUCAAAGCGUUCUCGACCCUUUUUGAACAACUUGUACCAACCAGAAACACUUAACGAUUUAUUAUUUUAGUUGUUUGACGUAAAGCCGCCAUAACUAAGUUCAGGUUUUGCAAUGACUGAGCGGAAACAUAUAUUGGAGAAGCCAAAUGAAUGAAAAAUUAACAGAAAACAUGAAUUUUUGGAAAAAGAUACGCUCAGAGACAGGACUCGAACCUGCGUUCUUAUGCAUUCCGUGCAUACGCGCUACCAUUUCGCCACUCUGGAUCUUGUUUUAGUCACUAUAAAACGCCCGUCAGACACAGUCGAACGUACAUCGAACAUGGUCUACAUCCUGGCCGUCACCCGAUCGAUACCUUACAUCCAAACAUCUUCUCUGUCCAUGAAACACUAGUCUUCUCGCUUUAUACAUAUUCCUCCGAUCAAGCAUUGAGUAGGAGAGUGUAUUUAUAAUCGCUUGUCACCUUCUUUAAUGGUGCCAGUCGCUGGCUGGACUGUGUCUGACUGGCGUUUUAGAGUGACUAAAACAAGAUUCAGAGUGGCGAAAUGGUAGCGCGUAUUCACGGAAUGCAUAAGAACGCAAGUUGGAGUCCUGUCUCUGAGCGUAUUUUUUUCCAAAAAUUCAUCUUUUCUGUUAGUUUUUCAUUCAUUUGGCUUCUCCUAUAUAUGUUUCCGCUCAGUCAUUGUAAAACCAGAAACACUUGCUCGCGACAUACAAUUAUCACCGAAGGCCUUUUGCAACAUUUGCAACGUUUCGGCACCAGUUAUUCGAUUCCGCACACAAAAUUUAAUGUAACUUCUUUGUUGAAUAAUUUCACUCAUUGUAAAAAGCGCCGAUGGAACUUUUAAUACUUCGGAAAGCCAGCAUACUAAACACUAAUGAAUAUUUUGACGUGACACUUGGUCAACCUAGGAAAAAAAUAUUUCGACGAAUAAGGUACCCACGCGAAAUAUAAUUCAAAAUUCUUACUACUUUUUACCCACAGUGGUAUGAGAAGGAGAUAAUGAAGAAUAUGAGAAAGGCAUCAUCACAGCACUAGGUGGAUUACUCGGUUGACGACCGCUUUAACUCCGAAGUGUAGUAAUGGAUCCAGGUUUCGUCCAUUGUCACAUAUCGACACGACAAAAAUCCGGCAUAUUUUGGUAAAACCACUCUAACCAGCAACGAGAAUCAGAGAUACAUUUUCGUUUUUUGUCCGCCGUGAGGAAAAACGGGGCACCUACUUUAAUAACAGCAUUUUCUUAUACUAAUUUUUAUGCAAAUUAGAUUACAUCCCAAAGAUGUUAGCUCUCUCACGCAGUUUUGAUUUACGGUUCUCGAAACCGAUUUGAUGGACUUUUUGCAUGGUUUUCUGUGUACUUACCUACGUUAGCCGUUCGGAACGUUCAGAAUCUUCACGGUUAGUAGCACAUUUAAACUCAGCAGACCACCGACAUAUGGUUGUUUUUUUAUGUCCCCGUAGCACUUUUCAAGUCAUUGCUGAGCUUGCACAAUACUUUUUUUAUAUCAAAAUGCAAUGAUAAAUCAAUACACGAAAAUGUUUCGAAUCCAUUGUUUUAAGAAUAUCACUAAAACUACCCGGUGAUAUUCGUGAAGUUGGGUUAAGAGCUUAAAUAGCUAAACAGAAUACUUAAAAUUGUCACCCGCAUGAGCAGAAUAAUAUCUAAUUGAGGUAUUUCCAAUACCAAAGCAAUGAAGAAUACAGUGGCUAAACUUAAAAUGUAUUUGAAUUGCCUUUGAGGGAACACGAUUGAAAAAUUCGACAAGUAUAUCUCUAUUGGUAAUAAAACCAUGAAUAACUGUUCUUCUAAGUUUGUACAUUUUAUAAUCCAGAAUUUCAAUGAACAUCACAAAAAUUGAAAUUUUUUUAUGUCAAAAGUCUUAAAAUUGCAUGAAACGUCGAGAUUUAGUGUCAUCCCGAAAUUUUGUUUCAAAUACACUUUCUGGAACUUUAUGGGAAUUAUUUUCUAAAUCACUUUCUGGGAAUUUUGAGAUUUUUUCCCAGAAAGUCGAUUUUUUGAAAAUAUUUUUUUUUUAGAUGACUUUUAAUCUCGACGUUUCAUGCAAUUCUAAAACUUUUGGCAUCAAAAAUUUUAUUCGAUUUCGAAAAUUUCAUGUACUCCCCCCAUUGGUGAUUUUUCAAGAUCCACUAAGUGGAUUAAGAUUAAGUGGCCGUUCUCAUAUCGAAAGGUUAUACAAUCACUGUGAAAACCGGCCUUUGAACCGAUGCCCGGAUGUCAUAUACCAGCUCGACGAACUAAGGAAAUGUCUGUGUGUGUAUGUGACAAACGACAAUAUGUGAAAAUCUAUGAGAAAAUGUGCACUCAAUUUUCUCGUAAAUUUCGUAACCAAUUUUUACAAACUAAAAUGCAAACGAAAGGUCUUUCGCUUCCGGUUUUACAUAAGCGAUAAGUGAGAAAAUUUCAUUUUCAUACGGUUUUUUCAAAAGUGAUGGAAAAACGAGGUGCUAUUUUUUUUAAAUUUACUGUUAAAUCUAGUUGGCAGACCUUGUUGGUUAGUGAAUAUAUAAUUCUACUUUGGGACUACUAGUCCUCGGUUUCCGCUUCCGAACGCACCGGUAAUAGUGAAGAAAAGCUAAAAAAAACGGAACUCACUUCAAUUUCUCAGCAAUUCAAAUUAAACCUUUCAGUGUCUAAAAAAAUACUAUGCCAUUUGAUCCAGAUCCAACUUCCGGUUCCGAAAUUAUAGGACAAUGAGUAUCAAAACCAGAGAUGCCAUUUAUACAGAUAUAUCAGUAUUAUACAGAUUCUUACCUGCGCGUGCAGACUUAAUACAGAAUACAGAUUUAUACAGAUUUCACAAAAAGUAAGGAAUAAAAUAAUCAAACUUUUCCGUCUAAGUUACUAAUAAUUUGAUUGUAGUGACGAGGAAAAUUUUAUUAACCAACGGGCAAAUCACAAACUGAAUUGGAAUAAUAAUAAUAUAAAUAUAAAUAUUUGACGAUAAACCGAGCAAUGAACACGAAAAUACAUUUAUAUUAUAAUCACGAAACUUCAUUGUCAGACUGAGAGUUAUAUGACCUGACUUGACGUUGGAAUUCAAUGUCAACUUAUGAAGUCAACAUUUUCAAACUGGAUGAAUAUAUGGAAUUGCAAUUGAAUUGAAUUGUCCUUUUACAUUUCGUCAUUGGAUAUUUAUGUGAGCGCGGAAAUGACUUACGAAGAUAUGAAGAACAAAUGCUCAUUGAAUCUACCAUUCUAUAACCCUAACCUAUUACAAUCAUCAUUUUAUUGUAGAAAAUGUAUAUGAUUAAUGAUUUUUUAUGCAAAGAAGUAUAGAUUUUCUGAGAAUAUAUCUGGCAUCUCUGAUCAAAACUAUCAAACUGUCAUACAAAAUGAUGCAAAAUCGGAACGCAUCGGUACGGAAGAAGAAUACGCCACCGCCUUGCGCACAGCAUGCUAUGUUCAAUUUUGUAUAGCGUGCAAGGGUUGCCACAUUUAAAUCUAUAUUAACUUGACCUAACUGCUUACAAAUUGAAAAGGUGCUGGUAGUUUAUACCAAAGAAAGUUUUUGAUUUUGUUUAAGUUUGAAAAAAAAAUUCAUGACAGAAUCUUCUAGUGAUGUUUUUGAAAGUACAAGUAAUAUGAGAAAGGCAUCACAUUACACCACAAGGUGGUUUAAAGAAGGUUUUUAGAAGCGAGUUACUGUAGUAAACUGUAAACGUAGUGGGUCAUACUUUUCAUUUGGGAAAAAUCAUCCACUUUUUCAAUUUUAAGUUUGGUUGAUGAUCAAAAGCUAAAAAAAAUCACUCGUGGCUUAGGACCCAAAUACUGUAACAACUAUAGGUUAAAAAAAAACUGCAAUUAGUGUGUGCACAAUUGGUUACCUACUUCACACACAGUUAGAAGUAUACUGGCGUAACGAUACACAAUAUUAGCAAGAAGUAUUUGACAUUCAGUAAAUUUAAAUGGGAAGCAAGGCUUUAAGUUUUUUUUUCUGAUAUUCAGAAUGCAAUGAAUAAAAUGAUAAACACAACAAACAAACUAGUUCCGUAUGAUUUUGUAUGGGACCUAGGGGUAUUAUUAUUUCAAAUUAUCCCUUCAAUUUGUUCGGAAAUUUGGUCCACAUUUUCCAGCAGUGUAUUCUCAACUCACCGCCUACUGCCAUCGAAUUAAUUACAAAUCCCUUUUCAUUGGAAAUGAACCUUUUCGUUCGAUCGGAUGGAAAAUUGCAUUGAACUCGAAUAAAUCUGCACACAGCUUUUCUUCCUCUGCUUCUGGGUAAAAUGAAAUAAAUUGAAUGCAUAUUUCACAUAUGCGUAGCAACUCUUUAUUUUUCUCGUCAUUUCAGGGUGGAUCUACUGGUAAGGGGGCUCAGAAUUCGUACAUUCAAAACAAGCAUAGGUAGUUUCUAUCUAUUCCGAAAUAUGAUAUACUUACUAACAGCAAAAUGAGCAUAUCCAAGACAAAAAUUCGAACCAAAAACACUACCAAAUAAGUGAAUGAUAAUUAAAUGGGUGCGUGUCAACUACAAAACAUCACGGAAACGAUAAUAAUAUUAUGUACAAAAGCAAUAAUAUUAUAAAUAUUACUGAGAAAUAAAACGAGGAACAAGCGAAGGAAAAAAACCAUACCUGGUAGGAUGACGGGACGAAAUGUAAUCAUUAAUUAUGACAAGUCAAUAGAUGAUAUCUAGAUUUUUACCUGUAUAAUGCAGCAGAGCAACUACUUAGACAAAGGCCGCUGCUAUUCGACUACUAUAUACAUAUAUUUAAAUAUAUAAAAUAAACUACAUGUAAGCAAAUACAACUAGCACUCGGUACCGAACAGAAGAAAACAAACAAAAAAAAAAACGGUGGUCAGCGCACUCAUCACAAAUGUUCCGAACAAAACCACUCCAAACUAAAAAAAAAGUUAAUAUUGUAUUAGUAACAGUAGAAAAACUAGUCGUAGAAGUAAUCAAACUCAAAUAUCAUCACCGCGUGUCAUCGUGCAAAGUAGAAGCGCUUGUUGAAAAGUAAUCAUUUUAUUCUUGUACCUUCCCACACACACACACACCCUCUAAAUCGCGUACGAUCCGGACUAAGUUUUCGUUCGUUGUGUUAGUGAACGGAGGCAAACGGAACGGAAAAAGAAAUAGAAAAGAACAGAGAAGGCAGAAAUUCGCCAGCCAAUGAAUAGAAGAACAAAAAGAAAAACAUUUACUUUUAGUGAUAACUGUGAUAUAGAUGUCCUAAUUGUCAAUUUAAGCGAGAUAUUCAAUAGUUUUUUCGAUCGUUAGAAAAACAUAGAUGAAAACACAUGUAAAACGUUCCGAACAUAUGAUAACAAAUGAAUAUAAAUGAAUGUUAUGAAGACAGAAGACAUGCUAACGAUAUAUUUGUGAUGAUCAUUGGAAUGAUUUAAAAAAAAAACAAACGAAGAGAAGAUUUGUUAACGAAUAAGUUUGGUAACCCGUAGGCAAAAAAAGGGUUGUUCUAUAUUUUACUACUAUUUUAACUAGCGUCAAUACAAUUGAAUCGAUAGGAACACCAAUCUUGGUUUAGUUCACAAUAGGAAGACUAAUAGUUGCUGAUAGUCGAACGAACCGUUCUGUUCAAAACGAAACGAAUGGACGAACUCUUAUUUCGAGGACCAAUGGUUUUACAACGUUUCAAAACACUUACACCGACGUCACUGAUUUACACUACCGUAGUUGAGGACACUCGCGCGACGGAAUCUUUAUACCGUUUUAGAUAAGUGGUAGCGUUUUCUAUAUUCGAGUUACGCAUGAAUGUUAGACAGUUUCAAUUAUAACUUUGAAAAAAAAAACAAAAAAAAAGUACCUAACUGUAUAUUUUUGUAAACCGCACACAGUGAAAUUCCAACUUGAAAUCAAAAUCCAACUCAUCGAUUAUUGAAACUGAUUGUUAAAAAAAAAUAAACCAACGGAAGAUCUCACUCUCAAGCGAACGUCUAUCUCAACAAAAAAAAAUCAAACACAUUCCAAGUUGGAAAAUGGUAGCAGACACGAAUGCAAAUCAAUUAUGAUAUUUAAAAAAUAUAUUAUAACUAAAUUCUGAAAUGAAUAAAAUCUGACUUGUUUCACAAA